CUGCUGACUGCCAGUCUCACCAUCAAGCAAGACUCACCCUUACAAGGAGCCGUACGACCGACCUAAGCCCUCCUAACGGCCCCGAAGUCGGGCCCCCUCGAUGCUGGAAAUGACGAUGGAAGCUGAUGCUCCCGUCCUGCUUACGUGCCUACGGGGCCCCGAGCCUCUUUUUCGUGCCGCGCACGCCUCGGUGCUCCCUACGCACCGAAAAGCCUAAGCCUCACUCUAAGGGCACCGCCCGCGACGUGGAAUAAACAAUGGACCAGUCUCGAAUGUGUUAACGAUGCGGAUCUUGCACACCCAAUUGUGCCUUCUUCUCACUGGAAGGGGCGGCGAGGCUGAUAUUCGCCCGGCUGCCCUCCUUCUCCGCGAUUCGUAAAUCCCAUGUUGCCUCCAGAGAUAGCAGCUACGGCCUUUACUCGGCCGUCUCUUCCGUAGCACGACUCUCGUCCUCCACAUCCGCCUUCGAAGGAUCGAAAAUGGGGAGAUACAGAUCAAACCCUCCGACACAAAGGCUAUCGAACGAGUGGCACUUGCACAGCCGCACAACCAGAGCGCUUAAACCAUCCUCGCUUCUCCUCCUUCCUUUCUCGUCCCUCUCUACUUCCCUCAAGCGCCACACCAGACCAGUCAGCAUCCAAAUGCCCCUCCCCCGUCCAUUCUUUCCCUGCUCGCUCGUCUGUCCCUUCCCGCUCCCGCGUGGCCCGUGCUCCCCACACACGUCUUCAACGGUCCGUGCUGUCGUCCGUGCAUACUACUACUACAUUCUCUCCCCUUCUUCCUCUUCUAAUUGGCUGCUUAUCACGCGCCAACAGCCCACCCAAUCUCGACGCGCCGCAGAUCGUUCAACCUGCCAAACCACGACCCUUCCGUCCAAUCGGGUCCCCGGUGCACCUCCAAACCCGUGUCUCGACCGCUUCAUUGGCCCAGCCGUCCUCCCGGGAUGUUUCACGACCGCCUUUUUGUUUCUUCGAUAUCCAUGGCGGGAAACGGGGAAGAAGGACCCCCCACCCCCUACCUACCCUUUUGUCCUCGUUGUCGUCGUCGUCGUCGUCAAACAUGUAUGUACUCCUAACCCUAGCCCGGCAAAUGCUGUCCGGACCCGGAAAACUCUAGCCUUGGUCAUAUCCAUGCAUGAUGAACACACCCGUCCGUCCUCUUGGCUUCCCGCAGGGAAGGGUGACUCACAUCUUUUGCUGUCCCCAUCGGCCGGUGAGCCACCCUGUUUAGCCGAGCCCAUCCCAGAAGAUGCCACGACAGCCUCCUCGGAGCCUGCCCGGGAAAGUCGGGGAGGCUGGCUUUGAAAGGACGGGCACUCUGCGUAAUGGCAUCACCGAAGGUGACCG